UUAUUGAUUUUGAACGAUAUUCCUAAUUUGUUUUAGUUGCCUUAUUAUGCAUGUUUUUGAAAACGUUAUCAUUGCUAGAAUUGUCCUCUUGGACAGAACUAUAGUUUUCCACGGUUUAACAUCCGGCGGUGUUGUUUGGCCUCCCCAUGUUUACCUUUCACAAAUGACAGUUUCUUGUAAUAUUUUUCUGUAAAGUCAACAGCACGAGCAUAUUUCCACAUGUACCGGUACCAGGUUACUCUUUCCAUCGCAUUAGUGUUGUUAUACUGUGUGACAGAAACAUCGAGUGAAAAUAGAAAGGGACAAUCACCCUGUGAUCAGCUACUGUUGGGACAGUACCUAUGUGAUGACCCUGAGAUUGACCCCGAAACCCAGCAGGCACAGGGAUGUAACCCAAAAAACAGGACAGUUCCAGUUACCUGUCGGCCAGCUGUAGACAUCACUUGUAUUCAUAAUGGCACUCCACGUAAUAGCACCGUGGGUUUCAAGAAGGAUGUCCCAUGCAACUGGACAAAUGGACACAAGUUUGAGACUGCCCUCCUGUUGUCCAUAUUCCUGGGGAUGUUUGGUAUUGACAGGUUCUACCUUGGCUACCCAGCUAUAGGCUUGGUGAAGUUUGCCACCCUGGGUUUUAUGUUCCUGGGUCAGCUGAUAGACAUUCUGCUCAUAGCAACACAGGUAGUGAAGCCCUCGGACGGGUCAGAGUAUGUGAUAGACUACUACGGCGCAGCAACCACGCGGGUGAUGAUGGACAAUGAAACCCGGCUCCGUGUACAGAUAGAUGGAGGCUUAUGAUGGAAGACCUUGAGAUCACACAACUGAUGAGGCCCCCAGUACCUCAUGCUUGCAGUAGGGUGGUUGGAAUGAAAAAAUUUGAAAAUCUGCUUAAAUACUGUAUUUCUAAUGAAGAGCCGGGAUUUUAUUAAUUUCAGUUGACGUCAGACCCAGCCAAUAUUUGAGUCAUCUCUUAUAGACUGGACUCUUAUUCCUUUUGUAACUGGGAUGAGAACGUCGGCUUUGUUCAGUAUACUUUAUGGUAUUCAGUGUCAUGAGGAGAAAUCAUUAGCUGCAGAUGACCAGGCCAGGCCUUUAUAAGAACUCCAGUCUCAUUCCAAAACCUUCCUCCGAGAUGCAGCCCUUUAUAGAGCUCGGCUCAUAAUAGAUAGCAGGUACUUGAUAGAGACCAGGCUCUUCUUAGAGGUCGGCUCUUUAUAGAGAUCAGGCUCUUCUUAGAGGUCGGCUCUUUACAGAGAUCAGGUUCUUCUUAGAGGUUGGCUCUUUACAGAGAUCAGGCUCUUCUUAGAGGUCGGCUCUUUACAGAGAUCAGGCUCUUCUUAGAGGUCGGCUCUUUAUAGAGAUCAGGCUCUUCUUAGAGGUCGGCUCUUUACAGAGAUCAGGUUCUUCUUAGAGGUUGGCUCUUUAUAGAGAUCAGGCUCUUCUUAGAGGUCGGCUCUUUAUAGAGAUCAGGCUCUUCUUAGAGGUCGGCUCUUUACAGAGAUCAGGCUCUUCUUAGAGGUCGGCUCUUUAUAGAGAUCAGGCUCUUCUUAGAGGUCGGCUCUUUAUAGAGAUCAGGCUCUUCUUAGAGGUCGGCUCUUUACAGAGAUCAGGCUCUUCUUAGAGGUCGGCUCUUUAUAGAGAUCAGGCUCUUCUUAGAGGUCGGCUCUUUAUAGAGAUCAGGCUCUUCUUAGAGGUCGGCUCUU